AUGGUUGCGAAUUCUGAACCAAUAUGGCUUCCAUCCAUCUGCGGAAAUUCAUCUCGAAAAUGGGCAUUCUGGGAUAAUGAUCUGACCAUCAACACCACUACUCCAGAGUUCACAUUAUGCUUCCAAUACACCGUGACAGUGUGGGUUCCAAGUGCAUACCUUUGGGUCAUCCUUCCUUUCUUUGCCAUUUACUUAAACUGGCUUCCAACCGUUAACACAUGGAGAGACAAAAGCUGGAUAAACCUCGUCAAAAUGCUUUUAGGGUCAUUGAUAACAGUAACUUUGAUUGUUGAUUUUGUGUUUCGUCUUGAUGCUGACCCUACCGAGGUUGCCGUUUAUCUUGCUUCAGUUCUAUCAAUUCUAACAUCAUUAUUAGCAACGAUAUUGUCCCACAUCGAAUAUAGCAAGAGAAUGCAUACCUCUUCAGUUCUUCUAAUAUAUUGGUUACUGGCAUGUGUAGGAGGACUGGGUCGACUUCUCACAUAUGCCUCAAACACAACAAUUGAUAAGAGUGAGAUUCCUCAUACAAUACUUUUCUGUAUAUACUACGUCUCAGCAUUUGGUGAACUUCUCUUGCACUUCGUCCCUGACCUGAGAGCAAAAACUGUAGCUGAACAAAGACUGAUAGAAAACAACCAGGAAAAGAUCCCCUUGUUGAAAGCACAACAUGAAAGCUUACCCGAGGGGUCGCGGUAUGCUGUAGAACUCGCAAGGAUUCCCAUCAAACAACAGUGUCCUCAAAGAUGGGCAACUGCAUUUUCAAGAUUCGUUUUCUGGUGGUUUACAAGUUUAAUUAUCCAAGGAUACAAAAAACCAUUGCAGUUCGAAGAUUUAUGGCCGUUGCGUCUAGAGGAUAGCUGUGAUUACAUUGUCCCACGUUUCAAGAAGUUCUGGGGUGCUCAACUAAGAAAGGUCCAAUCAGUUAGAAGAGAGCCAACGUAUAAAUACAGCCACAGUAAGUCAUAUCAAGGCAAUGGAUACAGUUUAUUGGACGAGCAGAGUCACGUGAUGACAACCCCGGAUGUUAAUAUACCCAACAGAAAGAGGCCUAACUUAUUAUGGGUUUUGAUAAGAGCAUUUUCGACAGAAUAUGUCUUUAUCGGUGGAUUCUGUAUGCUGUGUCUCGUCCUCUUCCAGAUGUUGCGGCCACAACUUUUGCAAUUAAUUUUGGAUUUGCUAGAUGACGACGUAUUUUAUAGUUGGCAAGGAGUUGCACUCACUCUUGUAUUGUCAUUUACCUCAUCUUUCAUGACGAGUGUUAUGAUGCAUCAUUAUUUUUACGCCUUUCACGUUGGACUUAAAUUUCGCUCUUGUGUCAUGGCAAUGGUUUACAGAAAGUCGCUGAAAUUGAAUAGCGCUGCCAGGAAAGGGACGACUGUUGGUGAGAUUGUUAACUUAAUGAGCGUUGAUGCACAACGGCUUCAGGAAAUGCCAUAUGUGUCUCAUUGGAUUUGGGCCUCCCCACUUUUCAUUGCAUUGACAUUAUACUACCUCUGGCAAAUCCUGGGACCAUCUGCCGUCGCUGGGCUCGUACUCAUGGGAGUCGUUACUCCCUUAAAUGUACUCUAUUUUGCCAAAAGAGUGAAAACGCUUCAGGUUGACCAAAUGCUGUACAAAGACAGGAGGAUUAGACUGACUAAUGAAGUUCUAAGUGGAAUAAAGGUUCUUAAACUGUAUGCUUGGGAAACCUCUUUUGAUAAAGAGAUUAAUAAGCUACGAGAGCUGGAAUUAGGCAUAUUGAAGAAAAUACAGCUCCUGAAUGCCAUGGGUGCAGUCACCUGGUUUUGCACUCCAUAUUUGGUUUCAUUUGUGUGUUUUGCUAUGUUUGUCUACCUUGAUCCAAAUAAUGUCUUAGAUGCACAGAAAGCUUUUGUAGCCUUGUCAUAUAUCAAUACACUGAACGAACCGAUGUCACUAUUGCCUACCUCGAUUACAAGUUUAGUCCAA